UUCAGCUUGAUGCUUUUUUUUUUUUUAUCAGUCUGUGAAACAUCACAGCAUAUCAAAGGAAAAUGGUCGGGAAGUCCCUGAUAGCUGGUGUGGUGGUCCUUCUGGUGGCCACCGUGAGCCUGUUCUUGGGGGUCUUCAUGGGCUUAGGGAGGAAAAACUCGCCUCCCCCCUCAGACUACUACUACUCAAAGGCCGCCGUGGCUGCUGAUGCAGGAAAGUGCUCAGAAGUGGGGAGGGACAUUUUGAAGAGAAAUGGCUCAGCUGUGGAUGCUUCCAUCGCCGCCCUGCUAUGUGUCGGCCUUUUGAACGCCCACAGCAUGGGCAUCGGGGGAGGGCUCUACUUUAUAAUAUAUAAUGCUUCCACAGGGAUGGUGGAAACAAUAGACGCAAGGGAGACGGCGCCCAUGAACGCCACUGAAGACAUGUUUGGCAACAACACUAAACUCUCUCGCACAGGUGGAUUGUCCAUAGCGAUUCCAGGAGAGAUCCGAGGUUACGAGAUGGCACACAGACGGCACGGCAGGCUUCCCUGGAAGGAGCUGUUUGAGCCCAGCAUUGCUCUGGCUCGUGACGGUUUCCCCAUCGGGAAGGCUCUGGCUCACGCCAUCUUUAAGAGCAAAGAAUCCAUUCAAGGAGACGCCAACAUGUGUGAGGUGUUCUGUGAUUCUGAAAAGAGAAUCCUGAAAGAAAAUGAUAUCGUCAAAUUCCCCAAGUUGGCAGAGACGUAUCAGAGGAUAGCGGACGAGGGGCCUGAUGUGUUUUACAACGGGACCAUGGCACAGAGCAUCGUGGAGGACAUCCAGGCGGCAGGUGGCAUCGUCACGCUCGACGACUUGCUGGAGUACCAGCCUGUGCUGAACGAGAACCCUCUGAAGCUGAAUGUUGGGGAAUACACCAUCCACGUUCCAGAUGCCCCCUCCAGCGGGCCCGUGUUGGCGCUCAUUCUCAACAUAGUGGACGGGUACAACUUCACGGACACAAGUGUCUCAACAGCCGAAAAGAAAACUCUGACCUACCAUCGCAUCGUUGAGGCUUUUCGCUUCGCCUACGCCAAGAGAAGCAGGCUGGGCGACCCCCGGUACCUCAACAUCACUGAUCUGAUCCACAACAUGACCUCAGACUACUUUGCUGACGGCAUACGAAGUAAAAUCACGGAUGACACAACCCACCCAGAUAACUACUAUGAGCCAGAGUAUUUUGUUCCAGAAAACCACGGCACAGCUCACCUGUCUGUCAUAGCCGAGGACGGAAGUGCAGUUGCUGCCACCAGCACCAUUAAUUUAUACUUUGGGUCUAAAGUCAUGUCUCGGUCCACGGGAAUCAUUUUCAACGACGAAAUGGACGACUUCAGCUCUCCGUACAUGACCAAUGGAUUCGGGAUCCCGCCAUCACCCAACAACUUCAUUCAGCCAGGUAAAAGACCCCUGUCCUCAAUGUGUCCAACAAUCAUCUUUGACAAAGACAACAAAGUGAAGAUGGUCGUCGGAGCAUCCGGAGGAACAAAAAUCACCACGGCCACCGCUCUGGUUAUCCUCAACUCCCUUUUCUUCAACUAUGACCUAAAGAAAGCCGUGAUGGAGCCGCGCGUUCACAAUCAGCUCAACCCCAACAUGACGGUGGUGGAGCAGGGCUUCGAAAAGAGCGUCCUGGAGGGGCUGGAACAGAAGAACCAUGUGACGCAAACACUGAGGACUCCAGACUCCGUGGUCCAGGCUGUCGUCCGGCAGGGAGAGCGUCUCUGCGCGGAGUCCGACCCCCGGAAAGGAGGCUAUCCGGCCGGAUACUGAGUUUCCACAGAGACUCUGACAGAACCAGAAAACUUAAGGGAACUGCACCGAGGAAUGAAGCUAUGUUUACACUAGAGACGCCGCUCCUCUGCUGCCGAAACAUGGGAACUGACUCAAUCUUAAGACCUGUUUUUCGGCUAAACUUCUCCUUUUAUAAAUUAUUUUUGUGUGUGUUUGAAAGUAAAGUAAGACGUCGUGGCUGGUUUAACACUCGGAUGCUGGUCAGGAAAAUAAACUGUAGGGAUUUAAGCAGAAGCCAAAGGUUCCAGCCGGAUCUAUUCACUUCUGAAACAACACGGCUGCAUUUCCAACGGACGCCUGAUGACGCCAUGUCAACUUUGGGCAAGUUACCAAUGCGGCAUUUUAACCCGUUUUGUAAUAUAAUAAUAAAAAGUAAUUAUACUGUAACUGCCUGGGAAGGAGAA